CCAACCGCGAUUGCAGCUAGCAACUGAGAAGACUGGAUAGAGCCGGCGGAGCCGCGAACGAGCAGUGACCGCGCUCCCACCCAGCUCUGCUCUGCAGCUCCCACCAGUGUCUACCCCUGGACCCCUCGCCGAGCUUUGCCCAAACCACGACCAUGAUGUUCUCGGGUUUCAACGCGGACUACGAGGCGUCAUCCUCCCGCUGCAGUAGCGCCUCCCCGGCCGGGGACAGCCUUUCCUACUACCAUUCCCCAGCCGACUCCUUCUCCAGCAUGGGCUCCCCUGUCAACACACAGGACUUUUGCGCAGAUCUGUCCGUCUCUAGUGCCAACUUUAUCCCCACGGUGACAGCCAUCUCCACCAGCCCAGACCUGCAGUGGCUGGUGCAGCCCACUCUGGUCUCCUCCGUGGCCCCAUCGCAGACCAGAGCGCCCCAUCCUUACGGACUCCCCACCCCGUCGACCGGGGCUUACGCCAGAGCGGGAGUGGUGAAGACCAUGUCAGGCGGCAGAGCGCAGAGCAUCGGCAGAAGGGGCAAAGUAGAGCAGCUAUCUCCUGAAGAGGAAGAGAAACGGAGAAUCCGAAGGGAAAGGAAUAAGAUGGCUGCAGCCAAGUGCCGGAAUCGGAGGAGGGAGCUGACAGAUACGCUCCAAGCGGAGACAGAUCAACUUGAAGACGAGAAGUCUGCGUUGCAGACCGAGAUUGCCAAUCUACUGAAAGAGAAGGAAAAACUGGAGUUUAUUUUGGCAGCCCACCGACCUGCCUGCAAGAUCCCCAAUGACCUGGGCUUCCCAGAGGAGAUGUCUGUGACCUCCCUGGACUUGACUGGGGGUCUGCCUGAGGCUACCACCCCAGAGUCUGAGGAGGCCUUCACCCUGCCUCUUCUCAAUGACCCUGAGCCCAAGCCAUCCUUGGAGCCGGUCAAGAACAUUAGCAACAUGGAGCUGAAGGCUGAACCCUUUGAUGACUUCUUGUUUCCGGCAUCAUCUAGGCCCAGUGGCUCGGAGACUGCCCGCUCUGUGCCAGAUGUGGACCUGUCUGGUUCCUUCUAUGCAGCAGACUGGGAGCCUCUGCACAGCAGUUCCCUGGGGAUGGGGCCCAUGGUCACAGAGCUGGAGCCCCUGUGCACUCCCGUUGUCACCUGCACUCCCAGCUGCACUACCUAUACGUCUUCCUUUGUCUUCACCUACCCCGAGGCUGACUCCUUCCCUAGCUGCGCAGCUGCCCACCGAAAGGGCAGCAGCAGCAACGAGCCCUCCUCUGACUCACUGAGCUCGCCCACACUGCUAGCCCUGUGAGCAGUCAGAGAAGGCAGGGCAGCCGGCACUGACUGAGCUGGUGCAUUACAGAGAGAAGAAACAAGUCUUCCCUCGAGGGGUUCCCGUAGACCUAGGGAGGACCUUAUCUGUGCGUGAAACACACCAGGCUGUGGACCUCAAGGACUUGAAAGCAUCCACAUCUGGACUCCAGUCCUCACCUCUUCCGGAGAUGUAGCAAAAAAACAAAAAAACAAAACAAAAAAAAAACAAAACAAAAAAUCAAAAGCAACCGCAUGGAGUGUAUUGUUUGUAGUGACACCUGAGAGCUGGUAG